GAUGUCCAUCAAAUCAUUAAGUUAGCUAAAAUUUUGAUUUUACAUAUGUUUAGAAUAGAAGGUUCGAAAUAAAAUACAAGUAUAUAUUUCAAGUAACGAGCGGCCCGGGUUGUCACUAGUUGGUACACCUAGCUAGAGAGAUAACACGCGUACAGCAUACCUUCGUUGAUAACGUUGUUUGGGCAAGUCAGAAUCAAGCUAAAAAUCCGUGGGCGAUAAAGCAGAACCGACAUCUGGUCCGCAUCGAAUGCGAUGAUGCUCCCCCAUCUUUAACUAAGCUUACACUUGGCCUACAGUCCAUUUCUUACUAGUUUUACUCACCAUCUCACUUUUCCUCUUCUUCAAAGUUCAAGCCUUCUCUGCGUCUCUUCUCGUUAUUCGUCGUUGAUCAAUCUCACUUGUAAUCAGCUUCUUCUAGCUCAUCCAGUUUCUCUCUCCCCCAGAUGGCUUCUGCGGCUCUAAUCUGCGAUACCCACCCAUGGAAGACCUUGAAGGCCCAUGUGGAAGACAUUAAGAAGACUCAUUUACGCGAUUUGAUGAGCGACAGUGAGCGAUGCAAGUCCAUGGUUGUCGAGUUUGAUGGAAUUAUAGUAGACUUCUCACGGCAACAAGCCACCGUUGACACAGUGGAUAAGCUCUAUAACUUAGCAGAGGCAGCCCAUCUCAAGGAAAAGAUUCAUCACAUGUUUAACGGGGAGCGUAUUAACACCACAGAGAAUAGGUCAGUGCUUCAUGUAGCUCUCCGUGCACCAAGGGAUGCAGUUAUAAAGAGUGAUGGCAAAAAUGUUGUACCAGAUGUUUGGAAUGUUCUUGACAAGAUCAAAGAUUUUUCUGAAAGACUCCGCAAUGGUUCCUGGGUUGGAGCCACAGGGAAACAGCUGACUGAUGUUAUUGCCAUUGGUAUUGGUGGCAGCUUCUUAGGCCCUCUUUUUGUGCACACUGCUCUUCAAACAGAUCCAGAGGCUAGCAAAUUUGCAAAAGGCCGCCAGCUGCGGUUUCUUGCAAAUGUUGAUCCAAUCGAUGUCGCAAGAAAUAUUGCAGGCCUACAUCCUGAAACCACCCUUGUUGUUGUGGUUUCUAAAACUUUUACUACUGCUGAAACUAUGCUGAAUGCACGAACACUAAGGGCAUGGAUUUCAAAAGAACUUGGACCUUCAGCAGUUGCAAAGCAUAUGGUUGCAGUUAGCACAAAUCUUACACUUGUAGAAAAGUUUGGUAUUGACCCUAAUAAUGCUUUUGCAUUCUGGGACUGGGUUGGUGGGAGGUAUAGUGUUUGCAGUGCUGUUGGUGUGUUGCCUUUGUCUCUCCAAUACGGUUUCUCAAUUGUUGAGAAGUUCUUAAAAGGAGCAUCAAGCAUUGAUCAACACUUCUCUUCAGCGCCAUUUGAGAAAAAUGUUCCUGUACUUCUAGGUUUAUUGAGUGUAUGGAAUGUUUCAUUUCUUGGAUAUCCUGCAAGAGCCAUCUUACCUUAUUCCCAAGCCCUGGAGAAAUUUGCCCCGCACAUUCAACAGGUUAGCAUGGAAAGUAAUGGUAAGGGGGUAUCUAUUGAUGGUGUGCCACUUCCCUUUGAGACUGGUGAAAUUGAUUUUGGGGAACCAGGGACAAAUGGUCAGCACAGUUUUUAUCAACUAAUUCAUCAGGGACGUAUAAUUCCCUGUGAUUUUAUUGGUGUUGUGAAGAGUCAGCAACCUGUAUACCUUGAAGGAGAGGUUGUGAAUAACCAUGAUGAACUCAUGUCUAACUUUUUUGCACAGCCAGAUGCCCUUGCUUAUGGGAAGACAGCAGAGCAGUUGCAAAAAGAGAAUGUUCCACAGAAUCUAAUUCCUCACAAGACUUUCUCAGGCAAUAGGCCUUCUCUCAGUAUUCUGCUUUCGGCAUUAGAUGCUUACAAAAUUGGACAGUUGUUGGCAAUCUAUGAACACAGAGUAGUUGUGCAAGGCUUCAUAUGGGGAAUCAAUUCUUUUGACCAGUGGGGAGUUGAGUUAGGGAAGUCGCUGGCUACUCAAGUAAGAAAGCAACUUCAUGCAUCUCGUACAAAGGGAGAACCAGUGGAGGGCUUUAACUUCAGCACUACUUCAUUGCUAAAAAGAUACCUAGAGGAAAGUUCGGAUGUCCCAAAAAAUCCUCAGACUCUUCUCCCUCGGAUAUAAUUGUGGACCACUGUAUACUGUAUACUGAAAGCUCACUAUUUUAUCCAAUGAACCAUGAAGUUAUUGACUUCAUAAUGUCUGCUUAUUUGAUUAUCUCAGACUCUGGCAUAUAUUCAGUUCCCUUGAGUUACACUGAGACUCUCCUAAUGUUUGAGAUCCUUUUCGCACAAGAACAAGACUUUGGUGACGUGUUGGCAUGCGUAUAACUAUCAUAAAGCAGAAUUUUCCCUGUGAGAUUUUUGAUUAUGUACGCCAAAUAAUUGUGUGUAUCUCAUCUUUUUUGUGAGCAUGUUGACAGAAAGCAAUAAAAGCUUAUCAUAAGGAUGACUGAUAACUUUUUGUAAUUUUACAAUGCUUGACGAGGACUCCUUGCUUUGCGUGUAUUCCAAAUUUUUGUACUA